GAAGGAGCGGAUGAUAUUUCUUUUAUGAAGAAGAUUCAAAAACAACUAUUGUGAAAGAAAGUGGGUGGAACGUCGUGUUGCAGAAAAAGAGCAGUUGAUCACCAAUAUGGCCGAAGAGGAAGCAAGAGAUGUAAAAGAUACAGAAAGGGGGGAAUCUGAAGCCAUUAUGAAUCCAACCCAGCCACCUCCUUCAUACGAUAGUCUGUUUGGAGAACUCAAAGCUGCCAAACAAGAAUCAUCUGGGACUGUGGACUUCAUGCAAAAAUUUUUUACAAUAUUGUUUGCAUCAGUUGGGUUUAUAAUAUGCAUGGCUUUAAUGCUUGCAAUUCCAAUUGCUUAUAUCAUUAUUGGUGCCAAAUAUAAGGAUGACUGCCCAGUUGAGAAAUACAUUCCAAUAUAUCUGAUAGUGGCAGGGGCUUUUGGCAUCCUCUCAAACUUGAUCAGCUUGACUCGUUCCAGCCACAAGAAGCGCAAGCAAAAUGCAGGUGAAGAAGUAGAGGAGAGUAGUAAGGGAAGCAAAGGUUGUGAAGGAAUCCUGAACUGCUUUCUAAUGGCUUGGUUCAUUGCUGGCAAUGUUUGGAUUUACCGCAACUACAAGCCUAACUUUGACAACCCCCAUGAUCCCAAAUAUUGCCACCAAACCUUGUACCUCUUUGCAUUCUGGGCAACUACAGCAGUUUACAUUUUAGCAGGUGUUGUCUGUUGCUGUGGUUGCUGUAUUGCAGUUGUCGCUGCAGCAGUGUCAGGUUAAGCCUUACAUGUAGCAGAAGGAUCGUGGGCAUAAUUAACUUUUUCUAUUCUUCUUUCGAAGCAAUCUUUAUUUUUUUGUGAAACUACUGUAAUCAAAGUUUUCAAGUUUUAGCUUUUAAUGGAGUAAUAUACACAUGCACACCUUAUCACAAUCUUAUAAUCCAAGCUUUAUAACAUGAACUCAAGACAAUUACAUCACUUUGGGAAAAA